GUCGAGAUUAAAGUAAGAGUACUCUUCUUUUCUAUCUCCGCAAAGUUGAAACAAAUUCACGAGAGUUCGGAGGUCAAAGGAUUUGUUAGGAUUGAUCAUUAUUUAUCUCAAACCGGAAACUGGACGAAGUGGGAAUUUGACGCUAAUUCGUUUGAACAAGCAAUGGAUGAAGUUAAAAAGCUUGAGGCGCAUAUGUUUAAUAUUCCAAGCAUUGUUAACAGUAUGCCUUGCACAAAGCUCUUUGCCCUCCGCAUAGUGGUCACACCAAACGUUGGAGACGCGUUUAAGGUAGCUGUGUUCCUUGAACUGGAAAAGAUGUUAAACGAACUUCAAGUAAUGUCUGUAGCAUCUUCCAAGUGCCGUAUUGAUUUCGAAGUUGACAAAAUCAAACGCUCACUGAAAGACUUGAAAGACUACCAUGGAAAAAUCUUUCUUGAAAAGGCUAGAGGAAAUAAAAUAAAGUAA